AGUAGUUAGUUUGAAUUAUUUAUUUUCUUCCUUCUCAGUUUUCAAUACUAACUUUCAUUAUGGCAUAUCAGGGACCUGCUUAUGGUCUUUCUCGAGAGUGCAUGUUGAAGAGUAGGGCCAAAUUUGAUAUGGAUAAGGCUCUUCAAGUAUUAGAAUGGAUUGAAAAAGUGACAGACCUGGAGCUUAAUCCUCCCAACCCAGAGAGGGGCUUUGAAGACUUUGUGGAUUUUUGUGAUUGUUUGAAAGAUGGCAUGGCAUUAUGCAGACUGAUAAAUAGAAUAAUGCCUGGUGCUGUAACAAAAAUCAACAAAUCAGUUUCUCCAUUUAAACAGAUGGAAAAUAUUGAAAUGUUUUUGAAGGGAUGUUUAAAAUAUGGCCUUAAGUCUUGGGAUAUGUUUCAAGUGAAUGACCUUUAUGAAAAAAAGAACCCUUACUUGGUGGUGAACUGUUUGUUUUCUCUGGGAGGCCUGGCUCAAAGAAAUGGAUUUGAUGGUCCAGUCGUGGGUGUGAAAGUUGCUGAUGAGAAUAAACGAAUUUUUACUAGAGAGCAACUAGAAAUGGGUAAAACUGUGCUUAGCCUUCAGACAGGGACCAACAGAGGAGCCUCUCAAGCUGGAAUGACUCCUUAUGGUUCUACGCGACAAAUUCUGCCUGAUAGAAGAUGAAAUUUUUAAAAAUCGAACCAGAAAUUAAAAUGUU